AUGCCAUCAUGGACUGUUUCCUACGCGCUUACCGUCCUUUCUUAGUUAUGGCGUAUGGGCGACACCCAGCUGUCGAAUCCACGGCGCUUGCCACACCAACUUGCAAUAUUCGCCAUGUAGCCCUACGCCUUACUGUAUCAACUAUAAACCUUUCGAACUUCGUUAUGAAUGCGAUAACACCGUUAGAUAGUUUGCUGUCGCGGUAGCCUAUUAGCAAUCGUAUGCCCAAUGGACUAGUAGUGACUAAGAUGUCACGGCGCACGCAAAAUGCCAGCGGCUUGGGCCCUAAGCCCGAUAAAGACGGUCUUGCUGCACAAAGGAAGGAGCAGUAUGGAUUUGCAAACAUGGUUAAAGAGACGGAGUUUCGAUCGACGGCUAAAGGGGAGGCCAAGGCGCUGCAGGACAGGAUCCGCGAGCUGACGGACAUGCUGGAGGACCGCAAGACCGCCAACCGCAUGCUCACCACGGAGAACGCGCGGCUCAAGAAGAUGGCCGCCGACCUGCAGGUGCAGCUGCUGAACAAGCCCUCGGCGCGCGGGGAGAGCACGGCGCUCAAGGCCAUGAGGGAGCUGGCUCGGAAGUUCCAGAGCCAGGAGCAGCUGACCUCCGCGGCAGCUGACCAGCUGUUAUCCGAGCUGAUGACACAAAACCAGGCGGCAGUGGACGAGAUGCAGCGCCUGGGGGAGGCCAAGGAGGCAGCGGAGUCCGCGCUGCUGUCCACCCGCGAGGCGCUUUCCUCCGCCAGCGCCCAGGUGGCGGCGCUGCUGGAGGCGCAGGCGGCGCUGGCGGACGAGAAGGAGCAGCUGGCGGACGAGAAGGAGCAGCUGAUGCGGCGCGGCGAGCAGGCGGAGAUGGACGCGGCCAGGGCAAUAGCCCAGCUGGCGUCGGAGGUGGAGGGGCUGCAGCGGCAGCUGGCGGAGCAGCAGGCGGCAGCGGCGGCAGCAGCGGAAGCGGCGGCGGCCGAGGCGGCGGCGACGCUGCGCAGCCGCGAGGCGGCUCUGCGGGCUGAGGCGCACUUGCAGCGGGUGGCAGCGGCGGAGGCGCAUGCGGCGCAGGUGGCCGCCCUGCAGCAGCAGCUGGACCAGGCACACGCCUUCCUGCGCUCGCUGCAGCAACUGCGCGCCCCCGCAGCCGACUGCCUGGACCCCUCCUGGACCGUCAGCGAGCAGGAGCAGCCGCCGCCGCCCCCACCCCCACCAGCAACACCACCAGCUGCAGCACCUCUCGCGGCCCCGGCGGCACCCACCAUGCCCUCCCAGCCUGCAGCUCCUGCGCAGCCCCCGGACGCGGCAGCUCCUCCCGCGCAUGCAGCCUCGCCGCCACAAGCUGCGUUGGACGCUGCACCCUGUGACCCGCAGGCCCCGCCCCAGGCCAGCAGCGCCCUGGGUGACCCCUCAGCGGUAGGGGAAGCGGCAGGGGCAGCAGCAGCGGCAGCCCGGCAGUCCCAGCGCCCAUCACGGGCGGGCUCCUGCGCGGGCGGUUCGCAGGAGGCGGGGCGCCCCGGGCAGCUGCCGGCAGAUGCGGACGCUGGGGGCGUGUUGGGUGCAGAUGCGCGGGUAGUGCCGGCGGCAGCCGAGGCGGCAGCGGCAGGAGCAGAGCAGCCUGCGCGGGCUCGGCGCUCGCAGGCGGCUAGCGCUGCUGGCGACAGCGGGAGUGGCGGUGAUGGAGGUGGUGGUGGUGGUGGCGCUAACCCUGGUGAUGUCGGAGGGCCGGGUGCAGGGGCAGCAUGCGCAGCAGUGGCGGGCGGAGGCUCCCAGGAGGUUGCCAUCGCAGCUGGGGUGGCGGCGGUAGCGGCAGCGGCAGGGCUCCGAGGCAACACACUGGAGCUUGUGCUGCACGACGCCGUCCUCCACCCCGGCGUGCUGGGCCUCCCCGCCUCGGAACUCUGGGCCCUGCUGCGCCUCGCCUGCCCCUCUCCCGCCGCCUCACCCACCAUCGCCACCACCAGCCUCACCACCGUCGCCCUGCUCUCCCCCACCUUCUCCACUCCCACCACAACCACCUCCGCUCCACCAUCCUCCUCCAACGGCUCCCCCGCGCCCCUGCCCCUCCGCACCGCUCUUCGGCUGCACUUCCCGGACGACAUGCGCCUGCUGGCUGCGGUGUCGGGCGGCGCGGCGCGGUUGCUGCUGCACAACCUGCGACCG